CUAGUGAUUCCCACAAUCAUAGAAGACAAGUGAACGAACGGAUAGUUGAAUCCUGUAUAACCCGUGACAUGGAACGAUGGAUGCUUUUCCCUCACUCCCCGCAGGUCGACAAGAAGGGAGGCUUUUGUUUAAUUUUUCUUCCCCCUUCCUUCUUUUCGCCUCUUCAGACUGAUCUCAAACCACCACGUCCAGAUAUAAAAUAUAUUGGAAGAAACGAAGAGACAUAAAGACCGAAUAAUUCUCACCGCCAAACCCGUACCUAUCAACCAACCACAGAAUGGGCGGUCAAAGCAGAGAAGGCGGCAAAGCAAAGCCUCUCAAGGUACCCAAGAAAGGAAAGAAGGAACUCGACGAAGACGAAAUUGCGUUCAGGGAGAAGCAAAAAGCUGAUGCCAAGGCUAAAAAGGAAUUGAUGGAAAAGGCCAAAGGCAAGGGUCCUCUGAAUACCGGCAAUCAGGGCAUUAAGAAAUCCGGGAAGAAAUAAAUGUGGGACAGCCGACUAUUGACGGAUGGCCAGGCAUAAGUCACCCCCUGUACGGUGCUGUACACGCGACAUGAGAUAGUGGGCCGUAAGGGGUUCAAGAGAGAUCUUGCCAUCCUCCGCACGAGUCCCAGGGUCUUUUACGAUGCAACGAGCUACGGGAGAUGGGCACACAAUACAUGGAGUUCUUAACUUUUAAGCCGGUGUUGAUUACCAUAUAUAUAUUGGUUUCAACGGUAUGCAUAUGAUAGAUAAUAUUCGAACGCUAGACCGUUUUCAACAAUAUAUUAGAGCUAUAUCUCACAGCUAGACCUAACAAGUUGCCGUAUCCGAAAUUAAUCAUGUAUGCAUAAUUAGUCAAGGAACCGAGAAUGGCCGACAUCCGACAAAGGAGAAAGGGUAUAUCAACCCCAGAAGAUCGCACAUGAUAAAUUAGUGAAAAGCAAGAGAGCACCGUAUAUGAAGACCAGAAUGCACCAAACAGCCUAGCUGAAAGAGUACGACAAUAGAGAUAGAAAAGAAACAUGAGAAAGAAUGGACAUCCGACGUUCUAUCACAUAGCAUGGAUCGACCAAUAACACCAAGAGACAGACGUCAGGGUAAAAAAAUUGGAAAUCAGCGAGCUCGUGGAAAUAGAUAGGCUUCCCUUAAUUGGUAACCCGUCUAACCCACAGAC